CCGUGGCAACCGAGCCUGACAGCCGUUCUGCCAGGAGGCCAAAAAGCACGUGUGGUCAGAGAAGAUGUUAAUCCACUCACACACUGAGCGAGGGCCACAAAACCACCCGAGAAAAACAUGGGCCUUUUGUCCAUCCUUCGGCGGCUGAAGCAGUCUCCAGAGCAGGAAGUACGCUUGCUGCUGUUAGGGUUGGAUAAUGCCGGCAAGACCACUGUGUUAAAACAGCUGGCAGCCGAAGACGUCAGCCACAUCACCCCCACACAAGGCUUUAACAUCAAGAGCGUGCAGUCCACAGGCUUCAAGCUGAACGUUUGGGACAUUGGAGGUCAGCGCAAGAUCCGACCAUACUGGAGGAAUUAUUUUGAGAACACAGAUGUGCUGAUCUAUGUGAUUGACAGCUCAGACAGGAAACGGUUUGAAGAAACAAGUCUGGAGCUAGCUGAGUUGCUGGAGGAGGAAAAGCUCGCCACGGUGCCGCUGCUAGUCUUCGCCAACAAGCAGGACCUGAUGACAGCCGCUCCAGCGUCAGAGCUGGCAGAAAGUCUCCGUCUCCACACAAUACGGGAUCGCAUGUGGCAGGUGCAGGCGUGCUCGGCGCUCACUGCAGAGGGAAUUCAGGAUGGGAUGACCUGGGUUUGCAGAAAUAUAAAGUUUCGGAAGAAGCCAUAAAAAAUCGCAUCUUACACCUGGAAUAUCCAGUGUUUCAUGUUCAGGACAAGGAGAAAACAAUAUGUGGUAAUUCUUAAAGACACUUGUGUCUUUUUUUCCUUAUGUGGCAUCAAAAUAAUUAGUCACUGUCAGCACAGUUGUCCAACACAACCCUCAGCCCUGUAUUACAUAUCUUAAAAUGUAUAUACUGUAAAUAGGCUGUUUUAUUUAAACUGUACACACUUUGUUUUUAUAAUUAAACCAUGUUAAGUCAGUGUUUUGUAGACAAUGAGUUUAAAAAAAAAAAAAAAAAUAAGCAUUUGAUGUUGUGCAGUGGAUUCAUGAAAAAUGGAGGUUUUGUAAGGCUGUAAGACUCUUCAGUCGAAGCUAGAGGGCGAUAUGGUGCUAGUUUUGUGUAUCAGAGCCUUAUGCCAAAUUAUUACAUCUCUUACUUUCUGUCAAUGACAAAGCCAGGGGAAGGGCCUUGAUGUUGGUGCUGCAGUGUGUGUGUGUUUGGGCAGGUGGGGGGUAUAAUAAGCUGUAAAGACUAAAGUUUUUCAUUCAUCCUGUCACAUUCUAACACAACUCAAGCCACAGGCAAGAAUAAACAGCCAAAACAUAAGUGAACUGGCCGGUUACUCAGGCACAGGCACCACAAAAAUUAAACCUCUGCCCUGUGACACAUCAGGCGCACACACAGUUAAUUAAUUUAAUUAUAAAGCCAUUAAAAAGUAUGCCAGUCAUGCGACUACAAAGUCUUUAAAGAUUCAGUAAUCAAGACAGAGAGUCAGCCUGUUUGCACAUAGCUGGCUAGAAUCUGUCUGAAUAUUUUACUCGGCCCAAAAGCCAAAUUUGUGCAGCGUAUAACACAGUCAUGUAACCUUCUACAGCAAAGGUAGCAGUAUGAAAUACCUGUUUAAUAAUAAUGCUUAAUGGCUUUGCAGCUGCUAAUAAUAGGCCAAAAGAAUAGAAUAGAAUAAUCCUUUAAUUGUCCCACAAGGGGAAAUUUGGGUGUAACAGCAGCAAGAAAGAC